AAAGGUGUUUAAUUUCAAUUCUAUAUAACCCAACGCAACAUCCUACCCGAUGGUAGUCAAUAAUAGCAAAGAAAGAGAGAAAACCUAAGCAUGACUCAGCAUGCAUUGCAUGGAAACUGGUCCCCCUCACCCACCCCAUAACCCUAACCCUAACCCUAACCCUAACCCUAAUUAGUGCAAUUCCGACACCCAAAAAUCAAAUCUUCCCCAACUAACAAUAGCCAAAUCCUUCAAACAUGUCUGGGUAAUAUACAUGAUAUGUAAUUAAUAUAUAUAUAUAUAUAUAUGUCCAAUAGAAACAACCAAUUCAAGUAGCUUCAGAAUCACAAGCUCAGCACUUCACAGACCUAGCUAUGUGUGUAACCUCGUCUGAAAGUUCUCUCUGAUCUUCCAUUUCUUUUUCACUUACUACUCUGAUCUUAUUGUUAGUCAUUACCAUCAUUACCUUUUCUUUGGCCUCGAGAAGCGUUUUUUGGUACUUGUCUGCAACACUUUCUUAGAUAUUGUGUCCUCUGAGUUUCCUCAUAACUUUUGUUUUUCUGUUGAGUAAUAACUAAACAGAAGCAAGACAGUUCGAUGUCCUCUAUGUUCCUUCUCUCUUUUACCUUUUUCGUUGCCUUUCAGUUGGGCUAAUUUAGUAGUAACCCGAAUUUCUUUUGCAUUCUGGUUGUUUGUUUGUUUGUUUCUCUAGAAAAUCUUGAAGACACUGAUAAAAAUUCGCUUCUUGCUAAAAGCUGUUACCAGGCCACCUCUCUAUCUGGUUCAUUUUGCUCCUUUCUUUUCUUGGUUAAUUAGUCAGUCUAUUUAUCUGUAAUAUAUUUGUAUUUGAAAUGGAGAAUUUCACUAUCAAAAUUCAGACUGGCCUUGUUCUGUUCAUCUUCAUCUGUUCAUAUAUUUUGUGCAAUAGCGAAGCGGAAAAUUCAGUAGCUCCCAUGGAAGAAAAAGAGCAGAAGGCCUUAUAUUCAGCUAUACAAGGUUUUGUGGGGAAGCGGUGGAAUGGCUCAGAUCUCUAUCCGGACCCUUGUGGGUGGACAACCAUACAGGGUGUAUCUUGUGAUCUCUUCAAUGGCUUUUGGUAUGUCACAGCUUUAAACAUCGGACCUGUUUAUGACAACUCUCUCAAGUGCACUCCAAAUGCAAAAUUCAGAAAUCACCUGUUUGAGCUCAAGCAUUUAAAGACCAUCUCCUUCUACAAUUGCUUCACCUCGCCUCAGCGAAACCCGGUCACACUUCCCACAUCAAAUUGGGAGAAACUUGCAAAAAGUUUAGAGUCAUUAGAAUUCCGAUCAAACCGCGGCCUAGUUGGAGCGAUUCCAACAACUUUGAGCCGACUCAAAAACCUCCAAUCUCUAGUGCUGCUGGAAAAUGGGCUAACGGGUGAAUUGCCAAUCGAUAUGGGCAAUCUUGUCAACUUGAGGCGGCUCAACCUUGCCGGAAACCGCUUUGUGGGUCAGAUUCCGGCUAGUUUGGGAGGACUGAAGAAGCUAUUAAUAUUUGACUCAAGCAGGAAUUCACUUUCAGGGACACUGCCUGUUACUUUUGGAGGUUUGACUUCACUCCUGAAGCUUGACUUGAGCAACAACCUUUUAGAGGGAGUGUUGCCAAGAGAAAUUGGAAAUCUAAAGCAACUCACACUUCUAGACUUGAGCAACAACAAACUUUCUGGUGAGUUACCAACCGAGUCACUUCAUGAAAUGGUUUCUUUAGAAGAGAUGGUGUUAUCUAACAACCCAAUAGGUGGUGAUUUGAUGAGCAUUCAAUGGGAAAUUUUACAGAACCUGGAAAUUUUGGAUCUUUCAAACAUGGGUUUUACAGGAAGCAUUCCAGAGUCCAUGACAAAAGUGAAAAGACUUAGGUUUCUGGGGCUCAACAACAAUAGUCUCUCAGGAAAUGUACCUCCAGGAUUGGAAGCAAUGCCUUGUAUUGGUUCUCUUUACCUCAAUGGGAACAAUUUGGGAGGGAAACUUGAGUUCCCAGAAAGGUUUUAUGAGAGAAUGGGAAGUCGUUUUCGAGCUUCGAACAAUCUGAAUCUCUGUUACUCAGCUGGAUUAAUGUCGUCAAGCCAUGUUCCGUUUGGGGUAAAACCAUGCGAGAAAGAAAAUAAUGUUCCUGGCGGGGACUCGAUUAACAAGAUGAGUGAUGCUAACUGGGAUAGGAAUUCCCAUUUUGAUGCCUCAUUGAGAUUUUCAGGCUGUGGUGUUGAUGGGUUUUGGUGGGGUUUAAUGGCAAAGGAGAUGGUUAUUGUUCUUCUAUGGAAUAUGCUCUUCUAGGUUUCUUGAAAAUUUGAAUGUUUAUUUACUAGUGUAGCAUGUUCUUUUUUCGCUUAUGUGUAUAUAUAAAUUUUUUUUUUUUUUUAAUUGUUUGCUUGGUGAUUUUAAUUGUAAGUUGGAACAAACGGCAACUUGUAAAACAAAUUUUCUAAACAAUCAUCAUUAAGCAUAUAUUUUUCCAACCCUGAUUAGCAAAGAAAAAGAAAAGCAAAAAUAUGUAUUCUCGAGCUCAUUUUGUGUAGUCCUAUAUACAAUACUAUGCUGAAUGGCUAAUAACUCUUGCUAAUGCCAAAAACAGGGAAAAAUAAAAAUAAGCAUUUGUAAAUUAAUUAUCAACUUAAAUGUCAACAAAAGAAAAGCAAAAAUAUUAAAAAAAAAAAAAAAAAAAAAAAAAAAAAA